CCGUUAUUUAUUCUGUUUGCACAGCUUUCGGCGCACACGUAACAAAAAAAAAAAAAACCAAAAAAAACAAAACCACGAACGGAACGCAAAUCGACCGUUGUGUAGCAGCAAGUAAACCGCCUUAUAAUAUGCAAAUGUACAUGUAGAUCGUAAAAGUCGCGCGCUCCUUCGUGGUCCGUGUCAGUUUCGCGAAGACCACUGCUGCGGUGAAACCGGUGUCGAACUGCAGCCGGUCAAAAAGUGCACGUUGCUGCAACAAUUAUAAUAAUAAUACGAUAUAGUUCAACAGCUCCGGUGCAUUCGUGCAGUGCAACCGUCACGUACACACGCCUGGGUCGUCCCGAUGACCCGGCGUUAAUAAUAAGCACGCGGGGAGCGCACUCGGGUAUCCUGCAGGACCGGACCAACAGGACGAUGCGAUAACGGAUUGGGCGACCAACAGUGAGAAAACAUGGCCGGCCAAGACGGAAAAUGGCAGAAGGAAGGUUCCGAUCAGAACUUCGAUUACAUGUUCAAGUUGCUCAUCAUCGGCAACAGCAGCGUGGGUAAGACUUCGUUCCUGUUUCGGUACGCGGACGACAGUUUCACAUCAGCGUUCGUGUCCACGGUCGGCAUUGACUUCAAGGUGAAAACCGUUUUCAGGCAUGACAAACGGGUCAAACUGCAAAUAUGGGACACGGCGGGCCAGGAGCGGUACAGGACUAUCACGACGGCGUACUACCGGGGUGCCAUGGGGUUCAUACUCAUGUACGACAUCACCAACGAGGAGUCGUUCAAUAGCGUGCAAGAUUGGGUCACGCAGAUCAAGACGUACUCUUGGGACAACGCGCAGGUGAUACUGGUGGGCAACAAGUGCGACAUGGAACACGAACGCGUCAUAUCGUACGAGCGAGGCAAAACGUUGGCCGACGAGCUGAACAUUGAGUUCUUCGAAACGUCCGCCAAAGACAACCACAACGUCAAGGCUGUGUUCGAACGACUCGUGGACAUUAUAUGCGACAAGAUGUCCGAGAGCUUGGACUCGGAUCCGACAUUGGUGGCCGGCACGAAGGGGACCAGACUCACUGAACAGCCACAAGGUCCGAACAAUCCGAAUUGCAGCUGUUAAGGCCGGCCUGUUUCGGAUACCGCCGUCACGACUGCCCCCGCAAACAAACACGGUGCUUGCAACAACAAAACCUCUUUACGCAGCAGUGCCGACACAAAAAAAAAAAAAUAAUAAUAAUAAUAAUUUAAAUGUAUAAAACAAAAAAAAAA